AUGGCAAAGGCGCAGAAGGGAUUCUUUUCGAGCCUCUUUUCGCGCCCACCCAAGCCGUCUGCCAAAGCUGUGAUAGGGCGGCCCAGAGCACUAGUGGCGCUCUCGCAUACUCGAAGUCAUCCACUGGCACCUACAAACAACUUAACACGGGUACAAUCCGCUCCACAGGCCUUGACGCCGAAUCUUCCUCAGUGCAGAUUUAGCGCUGUCCCUGACGUUCCUCGGUUCAAGUCCAUGAAAGACAAUUUGCAUGAACUUGGGCUCACCACUCCUGUUGUCCUUAGGCAACCUCAAAUUGCGGGCAGUGAAGCAGUAUUACUGUCACAGUUAGACAGGGCAGCAUCUCAUCAGGCGGACAUGUUCUUCCAACGCUCGCUAUCGUACAACAUGAGUCGCACCCCGUCUGAGUCAAGGCACGAAUCGUCUCGAGGAAACGCAUCUGUGGCAUCAGAUCACGCUAUGAAUAUCGAACUGCCAAUUCUGAAUAUCACCUCCGCCGAUGCACAGUUCGCCUCAUCACCUCUCUCAGCAACAAGUUGCCCGAGCAGUGGUCAGGCUAGUCAGGUGGAUCUAGUCGAUAAUACCACGGUGUCCAUGUCUACUGCCCCUGAUGAAGCCCCGCUAUUUGUCCAAGGUGGUAGUAACACUUCAGAUAGAGAGCCACCUAUCCCAUCGUUCCCAUCGGUAGCAAGUAGCUCUUCUACUCCACAGUCAAAACGGAGUCGUACCAAUUCAUCUACUCUUCCGGGAGGGCCUCGGACAACCCCCGGUGGCUCAAGCGACCUGAACAGGCGAACUUCCGUUGCUUCCGGGCGCCCCGAGCAUCAUGUACCUGCAGAGCCAGUUUCCUUGUUUCCUGUAGACGAGGGAUUUUUUGGUCGUCCAAAACUACCCCCACCACUCAAGAUCAUCCCGAAGAAGGGCAAAAAGCACCAGCGAACACAAACUCUCGCUGCCUCCCCCCCACCCACAACCAUCACUCAUGAACGACCUCUUACGCGAGCGUUAUCCACACGCUCCCACGAAACACAUCAGACGACAGCUCGCCGAGCGCCGGCUACUGAGCCAGCAGGAUUGUUCCCCAUACCCAACAGUUUAACGUCCAACAAAUCUGCGGUCCUCACUCGGAGAUCAUCCGUUAUCUCACAUAGCAGCAGAUCCGCAGCCUCCGGUCCACCCCCGGUCCGGUCAGACAAUGAACUUGAACCAUCACCCUUGCGCACGCAAGCACCUAAUAAGCGCUCUCUAUCACGAAUCAACAAAUCCACAGCCCCCGGUCCACCCCCGGUCCGGUCAGACAAUGAACUUGAACCAUCACCCUUACACACGCAAGCACCUAAUAAGCGCUCGCUAGCACGAAUCAACACACAAACGACAGCUACUUCGCAUCGGUCUCAGUUCUCCACCACAUCAGCGCCUGAGUCACUCCAAGCGAAAUGGAUGUGGACUCCUCCCUCAAGCUGGUCGGGUCCUUCCUCGGCUGUCUCCUCUGAAAGCGGGGAUAGUUCGCACAAGAAGGCGUUUCGCUUCCGAUCAAAGAGCUCAUCUCGGUCUGCCUCUAUAUCCAAGUCUCUCUAUUCAUAUCCAAACUCCUCAUCGCCGACGCUCAGCCCGUCCGCCACAACAAGAUCUGGCAAGGGGCGUGUGUCUCCAAUAGUAGAAGACGGCACCGGUGUCAUCGUCAAAAUACAGGGACACGAAGGUGACUGGGAGGCGGCGGCGCUCAAGGAUGUCAUUCCUCGCCUGAGGGAAAUGAAGAGUUCCGCUCCAUAG